AUGUAUGGCUCAACUCAGGAAAUCUCUAGUCAGAAUAAGAUCAUUAUCAGGGGGGAUCGUAUGGGGAAACAUAAUUCAGGGUACAAAAGCCACUACAUAAUCAUUGAAUUAUUCAUAUCCCAGCUCUUGAAAUUGGGAUCAUUUAACUUCACAGGAGGGUCUGGGAGGUUUGAAAUUUAUAUGACUUUGUAUAUUUGGUUUAAUGCUGCGUCCAUUAAUCACAUAGAAGGGUAUGGCAAGAGGACUGUCCAAGGAAUUCUAAACGAUGGCUAUAAUGCUCUCAUGCGGUACUACUUAGACAACUUCCGUGAUGGUACAAAGCAGGAUGCAAUGGAUCUAGUGCAAGGACAUUACAUUCUCUCUGUCUCCAGAAGCACGACUCCUACAUCGCAGGAAAGAGGCAUUGAGGUAAUAGCUUCCUUUCCACUGGCCUUGUUACUGAUUCUGACUGGGUUCUUCUUUGCAACUGUGUCUUUAGGACGAGGUAAGAUAGCACUUACUAUAAUAGUUUCUUAUAAUUUUCAUUUGGUCCUUACAGUUUGUUGUACCUGUUUGUGUUGUUAAUUCCCUUUCUUUGUUUUGGUUUAAUCAAUGUACUGAUUGUUUGAAGCUCUGGGUUCUGGACUAGAUGGCCCUUCCAAAGUCGAGAAUUAAGAGAGAAUUGUCCUUUGGAAUAAUAUUCCAAAUUAUAUAAGAUAAUAAGAAUAUUCUAUACCAUGGUUUGAAUUAAACUAAGUCAGAUAUAGUUAAGGAAAAUUGUGAAAAUAGACAGCACACAAAUGCACAAGAGAGACGCUCAUACUUUAAGCUUGUAACUUCUGCGAAAUGCCAAGUACCUAAUGAAGAUUCAAUUGCUCACAAAACUUCAAAUAUGUGGGAAGACUCAAUUGAUUGUCUAUAGAUAAUGAUAAAAUAGUAUACUUGCCCUUAGUUUCUGGUAAGGGUG